AUGGAGUACGAAGACGUUUUGACAAACCAGCCCGUGGUUAUUGAUAAUGGCUCUGGAGUUAUUAAGGCCGGGUUUGCUGGUGACGAAAUUCCAAAGUGUUUUUUCCCAUCCUAUGUAGGAAGGCCAAAACACGUUCGUAUCAUGGCGGGUGCCGCCGAGGGGGAAGUUUUUAUUGGACGUAAGGUACAAGAGUUGCGAGGCCUUCUCAAAAUAAAAUAUCCUAUUGAACAUGGCAUUGUAUCUGAUUGGGAUGAUAUGGAGCGUAUAUGGAAAUUUAUUUAUGAAGAAGAAUUAAAAAUUGCAUCCGAAGAACAUCCAGUGCUUUUGACUGAGGCACCACUCAACCCAAAAUCUAAUAGAGAACAAGCUGCCCAAAUGUUUUUUGAAACAUUCAAUGUUCCUGCUUUGUUUGCAUCAAUUCAAGCAGUGCUGACGUUAAAUAAUAUUGCUUAUGAUCAAAUCUUUUCAACUAGUUAUUCUUCUGGUAGAACUACUGGCAUUGUUCUUGACUCAGGUGAUGGUGUAACUCAUGCGGUCCCUGUUUAUGAAGGAUUUGCUCUCCCACACGCUAUUCGACGAUAUUUUAAUUGCUAUAGAGACGUUACGGAGCAUUUGCAGCUGCUUCUUCGUAAAGCGGGGUACAAUUUUCAUACCACAUCGGAAAAAGAAGUCGUUCGUAUCAUUAAGGAAAAAACGUGUUAUAUUGCAAUAAAUCCAUCAAAAGAAGAGAAAGAUACUAACGGAAAAUUUGAGGAAUUUACCUUACCUGACGGUAACGUCGUUAAGUUGGGUGCAGAAAGAUUUAAAGCACCUGAAAUUUUAUUCAACCCUGAAUUGAUUGGACAAGAAUACGCUGGUAUUCACCAAGUUGUUGUUGAUUCAAUCAAUCGUGCUGACCUAGAUUUAAGGAAGUCUCUGUUUGCCAACGUUGUUUUAUCGGGUGGUUCAACGCUUUAUAAAG